CGCGGCCACAGCUCUCCCCUGCCAGGACCUGCCUACUUUUUCCCUAUCAGGACCUGUGACGCCAGGCCUCCCUCCCACCGCCCUAGCAAGCGCGCCCUCCCCGAAUUCCGCAUUUCCGGUAGUCUCAUCUCCUUAGCAACCGGGGCCGCGCCGCUCUCGUCACUGCACCAUUUUGCUGGUGGCCAUCUUAAGUGAGGUCAGACCAGAAGGUGAGGGAACUGUGGCAGACCUAGUGCGACGCUGCCCCUUUUUGUUCUCCUCUCUGCUAUUCCAUCUAGAGUUCUUAAGACUGGCAAAGGACCAAAAGGCUUAUAUCUUUGAGCAUUAAUGAACCCAGGAGGAGAAAAAUCCAUUCUUGACCACAGUAAAGAUGGCGGAAUCUGCUUAGUGCUCGUGCCAGAUGGGGGUUACGUAAACGGCGUGCUGCAAACCAGCUCCGGGCGGCUCUGGGUAGGCUGCUGUUCAGCUAGCUGCAGGACACAGACUUCGGCUGAACGCGCCUGAGGUGACAACUGUGCUCCUUCCUGAGAGCUUCGGGUGCUCCGGCCUGCCUUCACUCCUUUGCGUGUCUAGAGCCAGACUGACUUUCAAUUUGCUUUGCCCAUGUGUGUACCAGAAUCAGUGCUGCAUAGUUUGAGCCUAAUAGGAUUGACUUUAUAAAUGAGACAUUUAAGUCACAUCUGCCGAGAAGCAUGAUUUGAAUGAAACUUGUACAAGUUUUCAGAUACUUUUAAUCUGUUACCUGCUGUCUGCAGUUACUCGUAACCUGAGGGGUACACGGCCCCAAAGGGGAGGGGUAAGAACUGCAGAUCUUAGAUGCUCUGAGAACCCACUACUAUGUAAUCGUUCCUAUGAAAAUCAUUCAUGUGCUGGCAGCCCCAAAGGGAGUAUAAAUCAGGGACUUUGAUAUCAUGCAGCAGAAGAGCAAAUUAUUUCUACAAGCUUUGAAGUAUAGUAUUCCUCACCUUGGGAAAUGCAUGCAGAAACAGCAUUUGAAUCACUGUAACUUCGCUGAUCGUUAUUACAAUAGAAUAAAAUUGAAAAAAUAUCACCUAACCAAGUGUCUGCAGAAUAAACCCAGGAUAUCAGAGUUAGCAAGAAACAUCCCAAGUCGGAACUUCUCAUGUAAGGAUUUUCUGCCUAUUAAACAAGAAAACGAAAAAUCGCUUUCAGAAAACAUGGAUGCAUUUGAAAAAGUCAGAGCAAAAUUAGAAACACAGCCACAAGAAGAAUAUGAAAUCAUCAAUGCCGAGAUUAAACAUGGUGGUUUUGUUUAUUAUCAAGAGGGCUGCUGUUUGGUUCGUUCCAAAGAUGAAGAAGCAGACAAUGAUAAUUAUGAAGUUUUGUUCAAUUUGGAGGAACUUAAGUUAGAGCAGCCCUUCAUUGAUUGUAUCAGAGUUGCUCCUGAUGAAAAAUAUGUAGCUGCUAAGAUAAGAACUGAAGAUUCUGAAGCAUCUACGUGUAUAGUUGUGAAGCUUAGUGAUCAGCCUGUAAUGGAAGCUUCUUUCCCAAAUGUGUCCAGUUUUGAAUGGGUAAAGGAUGAAGAAGAUGAAGAUGUUUUAUUCUACACCUUCCAGAAGAACCUUCGCUGUCAUGAUGUAUAUCGAGCCACUUUUGGUGAUAACAAACGUAAUGAACGUUUUUACACAGAAAAGGACCCAAGCUUUUUCGUUUUCCUUUAUCUUACAAAAGACAGUCGUUUUCUCACCAUGAAUAUUAUGAACAAAACCACUUCUGAGGUGUGGUUGAUAGAUGGCCUGAGCCCUUGGGACCCACCAGUACUUAUCCAGAAACGAAUACAUGGGGUCCUUUACUACGUAGAACAUAGAGAUGAUGAAUUAUACAUUCUCACUAAUGUUGGCGAGCCUACAGAAUUCAAGCUAAUGAGAACAGCAGCUGAUACCCCUGCAAUUAUGAAUUGGGACUUAUUUUUCACAAUGAAGAGAAAUACUAAAGUUGUAGACUUGGACAUGUUUAAGGAUCACUGUGUUCUAUUCCUUAAGCACAGCAAUCUACUUUAUGUUAAUGUGAUUGGUCUGGCUGACGAUUCAGUUCGGUCUCUAAAGCUCCCACCUUGGGCCUGUGGAUUCAUAAUGGAUACAAAUUCAGACCCAAAGAACUGCCCCUUUCAGCUUUGCUCUCCAAUACGUCCCCCUAAAUAUUACACAUAUAAGUUUGCAGAAGGCAAACUGUUUGAGGAAACUGGGCAUGAAGACCCAAUCACAAAGACUAGUCGUGUUUUACGUAUAGAAGCCAAAAGCAAGGAUGGAAAAUUAGUGCCAAUGACUGUUUUCCAUAAAACGGAUUCUGAGGACUUGCAGAAGAAGCCUCUCCUGGUACAUGUAUAUGGAGCUUAUGGAAUGGAUUUGAAAAUGAAUUUCAGGCCUGAAAGGCGGGUGUUGGUGGACGAUGGCUGGAUAUUAGCAUAUUGUCAUGUUCGGGGAGGUGGUGAGUUAGGCCUCCAGUGGCACGCUGACGGCCGUCUAACUAAAAAACUCAAUGGCCUUGCUGACUUAGAGGCUUGCAUUAAGACGCUUCAUGGUCAAGGCUUUUCUCAGCCAAGUCUAACAGCCCUGACUGCUUUCAGUGCUGGAGGGGUGCUUGUGGGAGCAUUAUGUAAUUCUAAUCCAGAACUGCUGAGAGCUGUGACUUUGGAGGCACCUUUCUUGGAUGUUCUCAACACCAUGAUGGACACUACACUUCCUCUGACAUUAGAAGAAUUAGAAGAAUGGGGGAAUCCUUCAUCUGAUGAAAAACACAAGAACUACAUAAAACGUUACUGUCCCUAUCAAAAUAUUAAACCUCAGCAUUAUCCUUCGAUUCACAUCACAGCUUAUGAAAAUGACGAACGUGUACCUCUGAAAGGAAUCAUGAACUAUACUGAGAAACUCAAGGAAGCCAUCGCGGAGCAUGCGAAGGACACCGGGGAAGGUUAUCAAGCCCCCAGUAUUAUUUUAGAUAUUCAGCCUGGAGGCAAUCAUGUGAUUGAGGAUUCUCACAAAAAGAUUACAUCCCAAAUUAAAUUCUUGUACGAGGAACUUGGACUUGACAGCACCAGUGUUUUCGAGCAUCUUAAGAAAUAUCUAAAAUUCUGAAAUGCUGCAUUCAGUGGGAAUUGGAAACACACUGAAAUAUUUCAUAGUCAUAUUUCCAGUUACAUUAACAAAAGUGAGUUUUUUAAGUUAGUAAAUAAUUUUUUAAAAUUUGCUUCUCCAUCCGUGUUUUGUUUCGUAUACAGCUCACUUGCUUAUACUGUUGUCUCCGUUGAUGCACAUGCCCCUUAACCUAGGAAAGUAGUUUUCAAACCAUGCUCCAUAGAAGGACAUAGAGAAGGGAACGAAGGAAGGAUUGGUGACAGCAGAACUUUCCCCUUUCCCCCAUCAGAACAGCUUUGUUUUACUAUGAUUUUCUUUGAACAGUUUACAAAUCAAGGUCUUGCUUCUUUGCUAGUGAACAGUUUAGACACUCUGGCAGCUGUCAUCCUCCAAUUUCUGUACCUGCAUUUUAUGGAAGAAGAUGACAUUCCUCACAUUAAAAUUCAUUAGAUCUUUGUCCUAAGGUGCUCUCAUCAUCUCAUAUUGAUGCUAUCUCAAAAAAAUUAGAAGUUCCUGCAAGUGAUAAUUUUCUUUUAAACAUUUUAUUAUUCUUGAAAAAAUUUGAGAACCCUGCCUAAGGCAGUUUCACUCAAGCUACAGAAAUAUCUAAGAAUUAAUGACCGUUCAUAACGUUCACCUAGCAGCAUGCUGCUGUACGGGAAGUUGCUACAGAUGCUUAGAACAGAACAGAAUGCCAGCGUCUCUAUCUCUUUCAUAGAGGUGCCUAACACGAGCUAUACAGUAUGUUCAGUACACUGGAAUAGCAUGCCCGGUUGGAAACAAAACAUCUGUCUCGGAAAGCUGUUUGGCGAUGAAGGAGAUUUCUCGUGUUGUAUUCAAGGAUGAGUCCUUCUCCUUUGUCCAGUGUAAUGGCAUGUGUAUCAACUUCAUGGCCUUUGGAGGCAGAAUUGGUACUUAACCGUAUCCUCACCCUUGUGGGAAUAUUUGAAAUCAUUUCCUUUAGAUUCAGCAGUGAUAAUUCUCCAAAGUUCAGAACCAUGAGGAAGACUCUGUCUAUGCCGUCCAGCUCUCUUGUGUACACGACAGAGUGGUUGUCAUUCCUCAAGUAGCAAAACCAGCCCCUGCUGAGGAGCAGCUCACUGGCGUGAAGCAAACUUAAAUCUUGAUAUAACUUCAAUGCUGAUCUGGGCUGAGUCUUUUGGACCUAUUUUUUUUAAAAGAAUAUUAAUGUAAAUGUUUAUUUCCCAAAAAAAUUUGCUUCAAUUUUACCCUUUAAAAUAACUACCAAAUUUUAAGUAUUAAUAAGUAAUUAAGAAUAGUUUAUUUAACUACUAAUAGAAACUACAGAUUCCAGGUUUCACCUUGUCUAGGAGUGAUUGCAAUGUGCACAGUUCUCUGCUACGUCUUGGCCAGAGCUGAUGUAGAGGCCAAAUUUGACUACACUAAAUGUCCAUGUCCAAGUUAACGGAUAUUUAACUUGCCUAAAGAAAGUCCCUUUAUGUUAUAUUUAACUGGCAGAAAAGCAGCUGUCAUGGCCAGGGAUUCCAAGAACUUCUGGUGAAUUGGGGCUUCUCUGUUCUCUUUUGCCAAAUAAUGUGUAGAUUGGUGUAACAUUAGCAGAUGCUAAUUAUGAACAGAAAAUUGCAAAAAGGGAUGCAGAGCAAAAUGCUGCCUAAAGUGAAAGUUAAAGUAAUAUAUGCCCAUUAAAGAAGAUUGGGAUUAACAAGCAUCGUCUGUUAUUAUAUUAAAUGUCAUUUUAAUGGCAGAAUAAUAUUCUAUUGAAUGGUUCUACAGUGCUUAAUCAUUCCCUUUCAUUUUGACAUUCAAGUUUCUAAUAUGUUUCUCCCAUAUUUGGAUUAUUUAUUUAAGAUAUAAAUAUCAGAAAGAUAGUUACUAUGUCAAGGAGUGUGGAUACUUGAUUCAUAAUGCCAAAUUUGUCUUUAUAAAAGCUGUUGCCAAAUCAGUGGUAACAUUCAUUCAUUGUAUCUUGCCAGACAUGUUGAACUCAGUGGUAGUGGUGGGUAUUUGGGGCAGAUGCGUAAUGUGUAGUGUUUAAUGAAGAUCUAAUGAAUGUCUGAAAAAAUGUUUAUUCUGUGUUUAUCAGGUACAAAGGUGUUUAUGGUACAUCUAUAUUGUAUAUGUAUAUGACUCGUCAAAUUACUACUAACAUUUUCUGUAGCCUUAGGUAAUGCAUGAAAAAGCAUAGUUCAGUGCCACUCACAUAAGAAGUGCCCAGUAAGUGUUAACUAUUAUUUUUGUCUACUUGAUUUACCACUGAGUAUGUUGGAAGUGUCUCUCUGUAAUUUUGGACUUAUCAGUUUCUCUUUGCAUUUAUCAGAGUACUUGUUUUAUAUAUUUUGAAGCUAUUGUUAGAUGCAUAGAUUCAUGAGUUAUAGUGGAAUGUUCUUUUAUCAAUUUUUGAAAAUUGCCUUUGUCUCAUAAUGCUUUUCACAUUGAAUUCUAUUUUGUCUGCUAUUAAAUAUUUCCGCACCUGC